GAUAGGUAUAUCGGCUGAAAUAUUUCUUAUAUACUUAGUAGCUGGUGAAAUCGUUUACUCAGCCAAAUUACACUGGCUUCAGUUACCUGUCUGCUCUCUCUCGUUUUACAAAUCUGGAGGGUACAUUAUUUUUCUUAUACAUUUUAACGAAUCCUUAAACAACUUUAGAACCUCAACAGAUUAUAUAGCAAGUAAAAUUGGGAGACUUUAUUAUAAAGCUCUAUAUCAUAUAUCUUCAUUUAUUAUUGUAUACCUCGAACUGGAUACGGGAUAUAUAGAGAGAACGAAACCAGAGAUCCAGAUUUUCUCAUAAAGGAAAGCUUAUUUAAUCUAGUGAACAGCUUAGCUUUUUUUGUGUGUUAAGCUCGUGUGUGGACAUAAAGUGGAACAGAGGCUAAGUCGAUCCCACGACAUGCCAGUUGCCACUAGCCAGAAAGAAGCCCAACUUGCCCGCACAUACUCUCUUCUGUCGUCGAAACCUUCAGCCAGUUACAGCGGUCGUAUCUCACCAUCUUUAGUCUCUGCCGCCUCGGAGUCUCUCUACACACCCGAAAGCGGUGCUCUGCUCUCUGAAAUGGGGCAGAUUACCAACAUGCCGACCAACUCCAAUAAUGACAACACAGGACACUUCUUUAGCACACACAGUCCACCUAUCUUGAACUUAAGUCCGAACUUGAGUCCCGUUGAACAUCAACGGACUUCGCCCGGCUAUGAUUUAAGGGAAACGGCUCGCCGACGUAGUAUACAAGACAGUCACCAUGGCAGUUUUAGUGGUCCAGGUAUUCAACAUCCAUCCUCAUUUUAUUCAAGUGUCAUUACAGAAGAUUCUGGCAGAAAAAGUGAAAGUCCUAGUAGAAAACGUCGUAAAACAUCAAACACUGUUGAUAUAGAACUUAGAAAUUCUCCUAGCCCCCCUCCAUCUCGACCAUGGGAAGUGAAUAACGAAACAGUACGAUUGGUGCGGCGUUGGAGUACCUCACAUCAAAGAAGAAACUCUGCCGAAAACUGCAUAACUCCUAAACCCAGACUUAGCCCAAUAACGCGGCGGCGUAUUAGAGAACGAAACACAACUCAGCGCAGUGAAUCACCAGAUAGAAGAGCGUUUCAACCUACAGCUGCAACAAAUUGCCAGAUGCACCCUGCCUUACUGGGACACCAAAAUCCCCAGCAACCAAUUAUGUUUGAUUUGGAGCAGGUUCCAGUGUCUGCUCCUGUAACUAUUGCUCCAUAUGCUAUUCCUGUAUGUACUGGCACACAUCCUAGUUCCGUGUGUACAACAGCUCACCUACCAGUGUGUGCUAGCCAGCCGACAUGGUCCAUUCCUCCAUGCAGUGUUCCAAUUCCAUCAUGUAGUAUGCAGCACAUUCCGGCCUGUAGCUUGCAACAACUUCCUCCAGGUGUAGCUGCCAGUCAUCAUGCAGCUCCCCCACAUGCACCUCCACAUCAUGCUAUUCCUGCUCCACCUCCUGGAACACUGCUGCAUCAGAAUUCUAUGGCUGCCGCUGCAGCAGCUGCUGCUGCCGCUCAUGCUGCUCGACAUAUGUCCAGUCAACAUCAUAUAAAUACAGCACCUGGACCACCACAUCACCCGGGGCCACAUCAUCAUCCUUCACAGUUUGCACCUAAUCCGCAACCUCCACCUCAGCCAGAUGAUGAUGUACAGAUAAUCACAGAACAUCGCCCAACAUAUUCAUUAACUACUCCUGUGCACCAUGUCUCUCCUCUCAAUCCCUCACCACCAAUUAUGCUCCAGGAACCAUCAACACUUCACCCAGCAACACAAGACAUUUAUGAUCAGUUUUCGCGAUUAUAUCCCCGGCGGGCUCUCAGUAGAAACCGAAUGCGUGCUUUUGCCCCGGCGCCCCCACCCACUGCCUACCCUGGCUUUCUACUUCAUUUCUUAGCAAUGUUGGGCAACCCACCCAUGCCAGCUACAUAUAAUGUUGAACUGAAUGAGGAUGCUGCUGCUGAAGUGGAAAAUUAUGAGGCACUUCUCAAUCUAGCUGAGCGAUUAGGUGAGGCAAAACCCAGAGGACUGACUAAAGCUAAUAUUGAUCAGCUAAUAGCAUAUCGUUUCAAUGCUGAGACAAGACGUGCUAACUUUGAUCAAACCCCUUGCAUGGACCAGACUUCUUGUGUUAUUUGCAUGUGUGACUUUGAAAAUAGACAACUGUUACGGGUCCUUCCUUGUAGUCAUGAAUUCCAUGCUAAAUGUGUAGAUAAAUGGCUUAAGACAAAUCGGACAUGCCCAAUAUGCCGAGCUGAUGCUUCAGAGGUUGUGAAUCAAGGAGAUUGAAUAUACUAUCCCCAAUAAACUAUGGCAAUAUCAGUUUCUGUUCAUAAUAUUUCAUCUGCCUCAUUACCAUUGUUAUUGGCAAUAUUGUUUGCUUUUCUACAAUGAACUGACUUAACAUUACUGUACAACUACUAAAAGCAUCUAACUAUAUCUAUGCCAGCAACCAGACCAGUUAAACAGCUAUCCAGCAUAAUUUGUUUAGAAAGACAGUUUCUGGUUUACUUCAGAAACACAUUAAACACAAGCAUACAAGUACACAUUAACACUAAAACAUACACAUUUGUGCUUCAAUAUCGUUUUGCACGACUCGCUACCCCCAGCCAACUCUUUUGUUUGUAAUUUGCUCAUCCUUGACUCGUGCGUGCAUGCAUGUGUGAAUGUCGUGUGAGUAAGCACGCGCUACAUCAGACUAAAUAAAGGUAUGCAUCAUGCAUGAUUGAUAAAACAGAUAAAAAAAAAAAUCCUGCAGUGUUGGCUUUAUAACCAGAAUGUGAAGUUUGUCCAACAUGCUGUAAUCUAAGAACUUAAUCAAAAGAAAUACCCCUUUCCCCUCCCCCAUCCCAUUUCUUGUAUGGCCGUCUCUCUUUGUGAAAGACAAGGCCACUUCAUCUUUCUAUAACUUUUUGUGAUAAGUAUUGCGAAAAGCAAAAUGAUGCAGUACCUGGCUUUCUGGAUAAAUGCAAGAUGCAGUUAUACACAAAUAGCAAUGGUCUUCAGUGCCUAUGGAGCAGUACUUGGUUAAUAAUAUAAUCUCAUACCUCCAAUGUGAAUCUUGUUAAAUCUUCUAAUGUUUGGAGACAGAGAAACUGCAAUGUCUGAGAGCUCUCAUGUGUACUGAGCUGUGCAAACUUAACCCUGUAAUAAAACAUGAAAAACCUAGCCUUUGGAAUAUUAA